ACCUGGUUUGGCUCCCAGUCCCGGGUCUGACAGAACUGGUGGCGGUUAUCAAAGCCCCCCCACCUUUGUGUUAGGGGGUGUCCAACUUUUCUCUUCCAUUCAUUUCCCCGCAGCUCAUCCACGCCUGGGCGAUGAGCUCUUCCGCAUACUGGAUCUCUAUCCAGGGAGAGAGAAGGUCGACUGGGUUCCUGCAAGGAUUCGGGAAAUGAACGGAACCAGGACAUUUUUCUGACUUUUUCUCUUUUUUUUUUUUUUUCUUUUUUUUACGGUUUUCUCUGCGCCGUUUCUUCCAAGGUUAUUUCAAAGAAUUGUUCUCUUUCCUGCGAGGAAUAAACAUUUACUGUAAAAAUUAAACCAGUUCUGGACGGGUCCUGCAGUCCAGUUUGUCUUGAAAUGCAUCGUUUUUAACGCGACGUCCGGUUCUGUUCGGGCUCGUGAUGGAGUGUAAUCGCUACAUUGUGGAAAACUACAUCAGCCAUAAACUCUCAAAGCGCGGGUACGUGCGGGGCUCGGACCACCGCCGUGUCCGCGGGGAUGCAGCUAAUAACGGCUCGGUGGGGGACCAGUCCCCGACCCUGGUCCGGCGGUGCCGCGACGCACGCGGAGGAGGAGGAAGAGGCACGGGCCCCCCGGACGACGAGAGAGACCUGGUCCUCAGCGAGGGGAUUUCCCCGUCCGAGCUGCUCGCGCACGUCGACAGGGUCCUGCGCGAGGCCGGAGACGAGCUGGAGCGGCUCUACCAGCGGGACUUCGAGGACAUGUCGCGGCAGCUGGGUCUCGCCAGCGCCGCGGCCAGGUCGCGCUUCGCCGAGGUGAUCGACGAGCUGUUCCGGGACGGGGUGAACUGGGGCCGGAUCAUCGCCUUCUUCGAGUUCGGAGGGACGGUGUGCGUGGAGUGCGCGUCCAGGGAGGAGAUGACCGCGCAGGUGGACCGCAUCGCGGAGUGGAUGACGGAGUAUUUAAAUGGACCUCUGAGCAGCUGGAUAGAGGACAACGGGGGAUGGGACGCCUUUGUGGAACUGUACGACAGACACAAGGAGUCCAUCCUCAGCUGCUACUGGCCAUCCCUCAAGACCGUCUUCGGUCUGGCUGCGCUCGGGGCGGCCAGCAUCACCAUCGGAGCGUACCUCGCGCAGAAGUGAGCGAGCUCUCCUCUCUAGCAGCUCAGCUUCGAUUCUUAUCGUUGUCCUUUUUCUCCCCCGCUUGCAUCUCUUUUUUAUUAUUAUUUUAAAGAUGCCUCUGAACAUCCCCCACAGAGACACACUUCAGUCCCAACCUGGCUCCCUUCAAAGCCUCACUCAGAAAACUCCUUUCCUUCUGCCUCUUCAUGUCAAAACAGACUCAAAUCAAAACAGCAGAGGGAACCAGAGACUCGGCCCAGAGAGGGAAGGUUGUCUGGAAAAGAUGCAUCCGAAGGUGGAAUCAAACUAAGCUAAGGAUAAAACAAGGAGUGCACGACUUUUUCCUUUUUCACUGCUUGCUUCUGUAUUAGUUAAAGCAUGAACAUUGGGUGUUAGUGUAGAUCUUUGCAUGUGUGGGGCCCCUUCUUGGAGGGGGCUGAUGGUGGAGGUGUAGGAACAGUGACUCCGGAGACUAAGCAGCAGCAGAUCAGCUCCUGAGCGUUACAGUGAGGGACCCGUCCCCACCCUUCAUUUGAACCCGUGGACUCCAGUUACCUCCAUGCAGCCACAACACUUCCUCUACAGAGCAGCUGCUCAGACCGCAUGAUGGAAACGGGUCACUACAACCGGCAGUGUCUACGUUUCACUCCUCAGCCAGCUCAGGUGAACGCACCAUUAAACUCUCCUGGUCUGGAACAGACAACAGGAAGUCUCCGCUUUCCUUUAUUUUAUUUUUUUUCAAAGCUUCUUGAAUUUUCGUGUUGGUUUUAUUUUUUUAAAACACAUGCCGAACCGAGCGGAGAGGUUUACUGCAGAGCUCACAGAGAUGACGAGGAAGAAGUACAAUGUUACAUUUCUACAUUAAUGCAACAUGAAGGAGACCACUGCUCUCCUGUAUCACACAUCUGUAAAAGAAAAAAAAAAUUAUCAGCACAACAACAUCCUCUGAAAACUCUCAGCUAUGGUUGGUGGUUUGGGCUCGCCCAAGUUUCCGAGCCGCCCCUGUCAGCUUGUGUCCUCCGGCUGCUGCAGCUCGGAGGAUCUGAAACAAAUAUUGUCACGGACCGAGAAAUCCUCGAGUGGCCACGUGUGACCGAGUCCAGACCACAGGAGCCUGAGAUGUCCCGUACUUUCUCUGCAGAAGCAUCCGGGGACAGAUUUGUUCCUUUCAGCCUGUUUUGUUCAUGUGUGUCUUGUGUUAAAGUCUGAUGGAACGAAAAACUUUGAAAGUACUUCGCAGUCUGCAAAAACUAUUUUGUUGUGUACAAUCCCUUUUUAAAUGAAGAAAUCUUUUACUUUUUCCCUCUCUAUUUUUAAAUAAAUCAAAUUUCUGUGUUGCAUGGAUGAAAAUCUGUCAUACCCACAACGUAUAGCCUAUUAUUCAAUUCUAUUUAUAAGACCAGACUAGAACGGGAAUAACAACAAAGAAGCUGAUUUAUUUUAUUUAUUAUGAGGUACCACAUGACAGAUUUUUUAAACAAUUUUCUUUAAAUAAAAAAUAUCCCUUGUUUCCUUCUUUUUUAUGAAAUCACACUGUAAUUACAUUAUUUUCUGGCUGCUAUUAAAACAAUGUUUAACUUCUGUGUGUCGUGAAGAAGUGACAGUUCAGAUAUUUUUGAAGUGGUGUUCUGUGCAAAAGUUAUGAACAAAUGAUAUCUUACUUGUUGGAGGCAUCUUGAACAGCUUCGAGGCAGAAAAACCCAAGGAAUGAUGCGGCGCCGUGAAUCUGUCGACGCCACGAAAACACACAACGAGCUGAUGACGUGUGCUGAAACGACACAGAUUGACUUUAAAAUAUCACCUUAACAAGUGGUUUCUUACCAAAAUAAAUAUCCUGAGCUGCAGGCAAUAUGUUUCCACUGUUACCUUUUGUAAUAAUUGUUUGAGUCAGACAUCUCCAAAUGUUUAAGCUUAAAAGGUAAUCUUUCAUAUUUAGGUCCGUACUUUUGAUAUUAAAUGGCAGUAUAUUAAGAAAUGCUAUGGGAUCCUGAAAGUUUUAUAUAUAUAUAUA